CUCCUCCAACCUUAUUACAUCACCUUUUCUUUCUAUUUUCUCUUUAUCUCUCAUCCCACAUUCCCAAUUUCUUUUCUUUUCUUUUGUUGGAUUUCAAAAUUUUCCUAGAAAAUUCGCUACGUGUCCUGAAAGACAGAUCCGAAAGGGGAUGCUAAAUCCAUUACCUAUAUCCGGCUGAGAAUAUCGUACACCCAUUAUAUUUCUCUUCCUUCUUCAUCCACUUUCUACAUUGUUGCUAUCUUUCACUGUAUUCACUAUUGUAGAGCACAAUAUAGUUUAUCUACUUACUGUUAGCUCUUUUCUCCGAAGAAGAGGAAAAGUAGGUUUUUUGAUUGACCCCAGAAUCGCGAUUGUGCUUCGAUUCACCGAGCAAUGGGUGUUUUGUAGAUUCUUGUUCUUGAUCUUAUUUUCAUUGAUCAAAAGUUCUUUUAACCUCUUUAUUUAUUUAUUUUUGAGGUAUUGAGAUUAGCAUAGCCUUAAUUUUUGGGCCAUUAAAGAUUCUUUCGGAUCUCUAUGUUAAUGUUAAAUCUCAUUGGAUCUGAGAUUAUGCCGUAUAUAAAGAAAAAUCGUUGAUGAGACACUUGGAACAGGCCAAGUUCUUUUUUAAUUGAUUUAUGUAGUAGAGUGUUUUUGUAAUUUAGCAAGGAUCGAGAGAUUGAGUUUGUAAUCAUGGAUCAUGUUAUUGGUGGAAAAUUCAAGCUUGGGAGGAAGAUUGGGAGUGGAUCGUUUGGAGAACUUUAUUUAGGUGUUAAUGUACAAAGUGGAGAGGAAGUGGCUGUCAAGCUGGAAUCUGUGAAGACCAAGCAUCCCCAACUUCACUAUGAGUCAAAAUUGUAUAUGCUUCUUCAAGGGGGAACUGGUAUUCCCCAUCUAAAAUGGUUUGGAGUUGAGGGUGACUACAAUGUCAUGGUUAUUGACCUUCUUGGACCAAGUCUUGAAGACUUGUUUAAUUAUUGCAAUAGGAAAUUCUCCCUGAAAACAGUUCUGAUGCUCGCAGAUCAGCUUAUAAACAGAGUUGAGUACAUGCACUCCCGGGGUUUUCUGCAUCGUGAUAUAAAGCCUGACAACUUUUUAAUGGGAUUGGGCCGAAAGGCAAAUCAGGUAUACAUAAUUGAUUAUGGCCUUGCAAAAAAGUAUCGGGAUCUUCAGACACACAAGCAUAUUCCUUACAGGGAAAACAAAAACCUCACUGGAACUGCUCGGUAUGCAAGUGUUAAUACUCAUCUGGGAGUUGAACAAAGCAGAAGAGAUGAUCUAGAAUCGCUUGGUUAUGUGCUCAUGUACUUUUUGAGAGGAAGUCUUCCAUGGCAAGGCUUGAAAGCUGGCACUAAAAAGCAAAAGUAUGACAAAAUUAGUGAAAAGAAGAUGCUUACACCGAUAGAGGUCUUAUGCAAGUCAUAUCCAUCAGAAUUCACAUCAUACUUCCAUUAUUGCCGAUCGUUGCGAUUUGAAGAUAAGCCUGAUUAUUCUUAUCUUAAAAGACUUUUUCGUGACCUGUUCAUCCGAGAAGGCUAUCAAUUUGACUAUGUAUUUGAUUGGACUAUAUUGAAAUAUCCACAAAUUGGAUCCAGUUCCAGAGCCCGAACAAGUGGGAAACCAGUUAUAAGCCCAGGACCAUUUGGAGAGAGAAUAGAACGACCUUCAGGGGGACCAGAGAUUCGGGAUAGAUACUCUGGUGCAGUUGAGGUAUUUGCAAGAAGGAAUGGCUCUGGGCUUGGUCUGUAUGGUGAUCAUUCUAGGCAUAGGUCUUCAGAUGAUAUACCAUCCUCCAAAGACGUGCGAGCUGAUUCUGAGAGGCCUCGUAGCUCUUCUCGUAACGGGAGUUCCUCAAAAAAGCAUGUCUUGUCAAGCAGCCGACCUAGCUCUUCUGGUGAGCCUAGCGAAAGCCGUUCCAGUCGAUUGGUCUCCAGCAGUGGCCGGCUAUCUACAACUCAGAGAAUUCAACCAGGUUUUGAGUCCAAAACAUCAUUUACUCGGGCUUCAGGGACAAAAGGGGGUCGCGAUGAUACACUAAAGAGCUUUGAACUCCUGUCAAUUGGUACAGGAAAAAGGAAAUGAAGAACUGUGUGGUCAGUAGACUUCUUGCGUCAAGGGUCUUAGUUCUGCCCUGAUACUUCCCUUUGAGAUGUCCAUACUUGUUGAUUACUCUGUAUAUUUCCAUCCAAUGUUGGGUCCUUUAAAGGCUAAAGCUCAUUGAAAUUUCUUCAUGGAGCUAUGGCAGACUCCUCUUAAACCUCUUCGGAUGUUCGUCCAUGAUUAUUUCAACAUGGACCCGUACGUGAAGAGACAGUUUGUUACUUAUGGAAGUUGUUAAUAUAUGGCUACUUGUAAUAAACACAUUCUCUAUUUUUCUGGUGAAGAGAAGGAAAAGAAACUGCAAAAAUGCUUUUGCAAGUUUUGCACCCUUUUUAUGCAUUUGUCAUACCCGACUAUUUUGUUAUAAUGUUCGUUGAGGGAGGGAAUUGUUGGGCCCAAUCAUGAAUAAGAGAAA